AUGGAGUUAACAAGAAGUGUAUAUGCAUGGAUGGUCUCCAAUCCCAGUCUAGUUGUUGCUGUCCUGUUAGCUGUUCUAUUCAUAACUGUUUUAGCAAAGUUUAUGAGUGGGCCUCCUGUCGGGAAGAACCCUUUUGCCAAAGCGACAACUAGUCCACCACAACCACUCGUCACUGACCAAGCUAAAAGGAACAACGUCCUCAAGCAAGGUAUCCACUAUAUUGGAGGAAUGAGAAAUUUGACUAAUUUCAAGGUUUAUAUUGAUCACAUUACUGACGGGCAGCUGCAAUGGACUGGUGUUGUAGAACCCUACGAUACAGUUGUAAUUGGAGACAACGAAAAAGCAAGACAUUAUCCAAUGUACGGUGGCAAGGAUGAGUUCAAACAAAGUCUCUUGGAUAAGUUUCCACAAGAAAAAAAAGCAAUUGAUAAAUACUUUGAUCUUCUGAAGGCAACUCGUGCAAGUGCUCUUGGUCAUGUUAUGGCCAAAAUAGUUCCAACAUGGUGGAUCGAUUUCCUUGCUUCCACUGGCCUGAUACAUUACUUCACAAACUAUUACAAGUAUUCCCAGCGCAGUGUAUCAGAUGUAAUGAAUGAGUUAACAGAUAACAAAGAGCUACAGACUGUCAUUGCAUAUAGUUUUGGUGACUAUGGAUCUCCACCAUCUGAGGGUAGUUUUGCCAUGCACUGUGAUCUCAUCAACCAUAUGCGUUAUGGUGUCUCAUAUCCAGUCGGCGGUGCCAGUGAAAUUGCCUUCCAUAUCAUACCCAGUAUAGAGAAGGCUGGUGGUAAAGUCUUAGUUAGAGCUCAAGUUUCGCAGAUCUUACUCGAGGACAGUGGAAAAGCAUUUGGUGUUCGUGUUCAUAAAAGCAGUGGUGAUGUUGAUAUUCAUGCUCCAAUAAUAAUAUCAGAUGCUGGAUUCUUUAAUACGUUUCAGUCUCUUCUACCACCACAAAUUAUGGAUAAAUCAGGUUUCAAACCUAUGGUAAAAAAGGGUACAAUUAAACAUGGCGUUGGAGCAAUGUCAAUUUUUGUGGGACUGAAAGGAUCCAAAGAAGACCUUGCUCUUGAGGGCCGUAAUUGGUGGGUGUAUACAAGCAACGACAUUACUAAUAUAACAGAGGAGUAUAUUGGUAGAAGUGUGGAAAAUGUGCUGAAAGAUGAUAUCCCACUCUUAUUCAUUUCAUUUCCAUCAGCAAAGGAUCCAACAUGGGAACAACGUUAUCCAGGAAAGAGCACCUGUGCUGUAGUUACACUUGCUAACUGGGAAUGGUUCAAAAAAUGGGAAAAUGAAAGAGUGAUGAAGCGUGGAGAAGAGUAUGAUAAACUAAAAAACUCUAUUGGUGAAAGAGCAUGGGCUCAGGUUCUUAGGUUGUUUCCACACCUAAAGGAUAAGGUUGACUAUUUUGAAGUGGGGUCACCUGUGUCUAAUAAAUAUUAUUUGGGGUCGCCUGCUGGUGAAAUCUAUGGAUUAGAUCAUACUAAAGAGAGAUUUGGACCUAAGGCUGUGACUAGAUUAAGGGCUCAGACUAUGGUACCAAAUCUAUACAUGACUGGUCAAGACAUAUUAAGUUGUGGUUUUGCUGGUGCCGCUUAUGGUGGACUGCUCUCGGCAAGUGCCGUUCUCAACAGAAAUCUAUUCAAGGAUCUUUCUCAACUAAAGAAGACCAUUGCAAAGAACAAAUUGCGCCGGUGUAGUCCAGUUUGGAAACAGCGAGUGACCGAUCCCUGGACCUUCCCAGGUGGUGACAUCCGGUUUUGGGAUACCGCUAAAAUCUCCAUCUCCCCCGUCAGUGUCUCCCCUGUUGGGCACUGCCAGGGGACUCUCGCAAGGCAGAAGCAAUCAGACAGGAAGUAUCAGUUUGCUGGGAAAAGGAUCCAUACAAAGGGUACAUCAGCCAGAACUAAAUCCAGGCUUCUACCCAAAUGUGUUCGUAGUACCAAACCUACAAGUGGAAGGCAUCCAGUUCUGGACCUAGGCAGACUGAAUCAGUACGUGCUCCUCGAUGGGUUCCAAAUGGAGACACCAUCCACCGUUUCGACUGGCUAG